UAAAAUAUGUAAAACUCUCACCUCAUCCCCAGUGGCCUAUUGGAGACACAAAACCGGACUCUCUCUAUCAACGAUCCAAACCCUAAAAAAUACUUUCUUUUUUUUCGCUAUCCGAUGCUCUGAUCCGAUAUGUUUCGCGCGGUGGAUCUGAUUCUCGAGAUCCUCUGCAGUUAAUUCUGUUUGAAGUUAGGCAAGCAUAUUAAAUGGAUGAUGAUUGAACAGAUGGAUAAAAUGUCCACUCCAACAUCUAGGGAGCAUGCCCAACGUCUUUAUGAGAAGAAUGUGGAAUUGGAAAAAAGGCGUCGAAGGUCGGCCCAGGCACGCAUCCCAUCAGAUCCGAAUGCUUGGCAACAGAUGCGUGAGAAUUAUGAAGCAAUAAUUCUUGAGGAUCAUGUUUUCUCUGAGCAGCACAGCAUUGAAUAUGCUCUUUGGCAGUUACACUACAGGAGAAUUGAGGAAUUGAGACAACACUUUAGUGCUACUUUAGCAACUGCAGGCUCAAACACAUCUCAGGGUGUGAAAGGCCCUGCUCGACCUGAUCGAAUUGCAAAAAUAAGAAUGCAAUUCAAAGCUUUCCUUUCAGAAGCAACUGGGUUUUACCACGAUCUUAUUUUGAAAAUCCGAGCUAAGUAUGGCCUUCCUCUGGGUUAUUUCUCUGAGGAUUCAGACAACCGAAUUGUUAUGGAGAAAGAUGGGAAGAAAUCUACUGAAAUGAGAAAUGGUCUGAUAUCUUGUCACCGUUGCUUGAUAUAUUUGGGUGACCUUGCACGUUAUAAAGGACUAUAUGGGGAGGGUGACUCUAAAAGUCGGGAGUAUGCUGCAGCUUCAAGUUACUAUUUGCAAGCUUCAUCUCUGUGGCCAUCAAGUGGGAAUCCCCAUCAUCAGCUUGCUAUAUUGGCUUCCUAUUCGGGGGACGAGCUAUUGACAGUUUAUCGAUAUUUUCGGAGUCUGGCAGUGGAUAGUCCCUUCUCAACAGCAAGGGAUAACUUGAUUGUUGCAUUUGAGAAGAAUCGUCAGACUUACUCUCAACUGUCCGAGGAUGUCAAAGCUUCUGUGAUCAAGGAAUCUCCUGUGCGGUUGACUGGCAAGGGAAAAGGGAAAGGGGAUGUGAAACUUGCAUCAAAAGAUACAAACACAGAAGGCAGCCAAGUAAAGGACGGAGCAUCCACUGGGCCCGAGACUUAUAAAUCCUUUUGUGUUCGGUUUGUUCGUCUAAAUGGAAUUCUUUUCACACGCACAAGCCUGGAGACAUUUGCAGAAGUUCUGUCUUUGGUUAGCAGUGGUUUAUGUGAACUUCUGACUUCUGGGCCACAAGAAGAGCUGAAUUUUGGUGCUGAUGCUCUUGAGAAUGGACUUCUCAUUGUUAGACUUAUCUCCAUUCUUAUAUUCACAGUUCAUAAUGUAAGAAGGGAGGCUGAAGGUCAAUCAUAUUCGGAAAUUGUACAGCGUGCUGUUCUACUUCAGAAUGCAUUUACUGCUGUUUUUGAGUUGAUGGGACACAUUCUAGAGAGAUGUGUGCAGCUGCAUGAUCCUUCUUCAAGUUACCUCUUACCUGGCAUUCUGGUAUUUGUAGAAUGGCUGGCUUGUUGUCCAGAUGUUGCAACAGGCAGUGAUGCAGAUGAAAAACAGGAAACUGUUAGAUCAAGAUUUUGGAACAAUUGCAUAUCUUUCUUGAAUAAGCUCUUGUCAAAUAAGGCGAUGUCCAUUGAUGAUGAUGAAGAUGAGACCUGCUUUAAUAACGCAAGCAGGUAUGAAGAAGAGGAAACUGAAAAUCGGCUUGCUUUGUGGGAGGACUUGGAGUUAAGAGGAUUCUUGCCACUACUUCCUGCACAAACAAUUUUGGAUUUUUCGAGGAAGCAUUCCUUUGGAGUUGAUGGCAAUAAGGAAAAAGUAGCCCGUGUUAGAAGGAUCCUAGCUGCAGGGAAGCAUCUUGCAAAUGUGGUUAGAGUUGAUCAAGAACCAAUGCGUUUUGAUUCGAAGGUCAAGAAAUUUAUUAUCGGUGUUGAGCCUCAAACCACAAAUGGUUGCAUGUUUACUACCACCUAUGGGGCCAUGCCUCCUACAAAUAGUAUGAUGUAUGAAAAGAAGUUGGAGAAAACAAAGAAUCUGGGCAUUCCGCAGCAAAAUCCUGAAUUAGAAGGGGAAGAGGAGGAUGAGGUAAUAGUUUUUAAGCCCACAGUGGCUGAGAGGCGGUCCGAUGCGAUUGGUCUGGAAUGGGCCCCGUAUGAGGGCCUGGAUCCUGGUCUAAAUGUUUCUACAAAUGAUAUGAAGUUUCUUGGCAGUUCUGUUUCAGCCCCUCUAGGGAAUCUUCGGCAGCAGAUUGGUCUUGAUUCGGGUUUACAAGUUCCUCUAUCUGUUGCUAAUAUGGUCCCCCAGCAUCCUCAACCAAUUCAAUCUUAUGCUUCAAAGUGGUCAGUGGAAGAGGAAUCUGUUCUUUCUAACGGCUUGAAAGGUCUAAGAUUUCCGGAGGAUGGACAUCUAAUGAAAUCUGAGCACCAGGACAAUGGCAUAUUCACUCCUGUCAAUUCAGCUUCCAUCCAGCAAGCUGUCAGUGCCAAUAAUGGCAGUAUGUCUUACAGUCAUACAAAAGCUCCAGAACCCUUCAUAUCUAAGAUUGAUGCUUUUCCGUUGUCUGGGGUGAUGUCAGACAAUUUGGCUGUGAAAACAUCAUCAGCUUCAGUUGCUGGUACAAGAAGAAGUCCAGUUGGUCGGCCUAUUAGGCACCUUGGGCCCCCACCUGGUUUUAACCCUGUUCGCCCUAAACAAGUGAAUGAACUUGUUUCUGGGUCCGAUUUGGUGAGUGAGCUACCAGUAAUGGAUGAUUAUAGCUGGUUGGAUGGGUAUCAGUUGCCAUCAUCAAGGAAAGGCUCUGGGACAAAUAGUUCCAUCAAUUACCCAUCUUAUUCUAAUGCCCAGCACAUCAAUAUCAGCAAUGGCUCGAGUGGGACUGUCAACUUUCCAUUUCCUGGAAAACAACUUCCAAUUAUGCCAUUCUCAGUGGAAAACCAAAAGGGCUGGCAAGAAUACCAGACCCUUGAACAGCUAAAUCUGCACCAUGAACAGCAGUUGCAGCAACAGCUUAACCCCAUCAAUGGAAAUCAGCAAUUUACUCGGCUGCCUGAGCAAUAUCAAGGACAGUCCAUCUGGACAGGUCGUUACUUCGUGUGAUGUCAGUGCGAGAGUAUAGGUGGCCCUUGGGAACAAUUCUGGUGAAUGUACUGCAUCCUUUUGCUACCGAAUUUAGACUCCAACUUUGUAGCCUUGUCAAUGUUGAAUUAGUGUUGGAGCAUGGGAGGCGAUGGCUUUCUUGCAGGCACUUGCUACUACUUGGAUUUCGUCGAGCUUUAAAGCCUGGUGGAAGAGAAAUAUGGAUUCGAAGUUCAUAAGCAGUAGAUGCCUUGUCUGGUUACUUGGGAUGGAUAGAAAUAAGAUCAUCUGUUGUUUUGGGUCUCGUGCCUCGGACAAUUGGUGUAAU